AUGUCCGUGGCCUGCUCGAUCUCCCCCAUCAAGGUCAGAAUCUCGCCGCACAGGCCGAAGCCCUACUCCAAUGUCGUCAGGAGCUCGAAAGCUGAAGGCCCCCUGAGGAGGCCCUCGGUGCCUACUCCUCCUGCGCCGCAGUCUAUUUCCGCGGCGCCGCCUCCGUCUCCCCCGCAGUCGGGAGUGGCGGCGACGGCUCCCAAGGACGGGGUGGUGACGCUGGAAUACCAGAGAAGGAUGGCCAAGGAGAUGCAGGAGUACUUCCGGCAGAAGAAGCUGGAACAGGCAAAUACGGGGCCAUUUUUCGGCUUCUUAGGGAAGAAUGAAAUCGCUAAUGGAAGGUCGACCCUUAGUCUUCUUCCCCUUCUUCUUCGGUAUCAAUAUAUAUCGAAGGCAUUUAACAUUUUUUCUCGUCUUCCAUGCACAUGGGCCAUGUUUGGAUUUGCUGUGGGAUUGCUAACAGAGUAUGCAACUGGCGCGGAUUUCGUUCAACAGCUGAGGAUCCUUCUCUCGAACUUUGGAAUAGUUGACCUGGACUGA